GCGCUGCCUCUAUCCCUGCAGUCUGCAGCCUCCCUCCCUCCUGCACUCACACAGCAGAGUCAGACACAUGAGAAGAAGCAACUCUCUUGGCAUCAGUCUCUGCUGCUCAUUAGCAUCUCCCUAUUUAAACAUGUGAGGAAAUGUCAGGCCCAGCUGCAGACUUGGCACCCGGCUGAUUUAUCUCAAGGACCUGAGCUCAGGGUGAAAGGGCUGCCGGGGACAGAGGGACAUGAGCCUCACACACAGACAUGGGACAGGUAUUCGGUUUAAAGUCCAAGAGAUUUCUUGCUAUGACAGAUAAGGAUGGCUGGCAGGAGGACCCGGCGGAUUACUGCCCAGGUGGUUAUCACCCAGUGCACACAGGAGAGAUGCUGAACAGAAGAUACCAAGCCAUUCACAAGGUGGGAUGGGGCUACUUCUCUACUGUUUGGUUGUGUCACGAUUUACAGAAAAAGAAGAAGGUGGCAGUGAAAAUUUCCAAAAGUGCCAGAAGGUUCAGUGAAGCGGCGCUGGAUGAAAUCUCAAUACUUAAUUGUGUAAAUGGUGCGCGGAAGAAAGAGUCUCAUGGGGAGAAUGUCAUUCAGCUUUUGGAUGACUUUAAAUUGAUUGGAGAAAAUGGCCUUCAUAUCCUUUUCCUUAACUCGGCUUCAAAUGUGUGCCUGGUGUUUGAAUUGCUGGGACCGUCUCUCCUGCAUUUAAUGAGGAAUCAUGGCCCGGAAGGACUGCCUCUAACCUGUGUGCGCAGGGUUCUCCAGCAGGUGUUGCAAGGUCUGAAUUUCCUUCACAAGAGGUGCCGCAUUAUCCAUACAGACAUCAAACCAGAAAACAUCCUUGUGUGUGUGAAGGCGGACAAUCUGCAGCAGUGCAUGGCCGAAGCUACUAUCUGGAGUCAGAAUAAAGCUGGUGAACAUACCGAACAUGGUGUUGAUGUGAACUUCCUAACUCACCUGUUUGAGACUGGAAAUUCAGACAUGCUGGGAGUAAAGAUCGCAGACCUGGGCAGCAGUUGCUGGACUUAUAAAGCCUUUUCUGAGGAGAUCCAAACCCAACAAUACAGGGCACUGGAGGUUCUUUUGGGCUCAACCUAUAGCACUCCUGUGGAUAUAUGGAGCACCGCAUGCAUGGCAUUUGAAAUGGCCACGUCAUACUAUCUGUUUGAGCCCCACGCUGGAAAAACCUUCACCAGAGACGAUGAUCACAUCGCCUGCAUAAUGGAACUGCUGGGGCGCAUCCCACCCAAAGUUAUUUCUUCUGGGAGAAAGUCCCCUGCAUUCUUCAAUAAGCAAGGGGAUCUACUCCGUAUCCCUCAGCUGUUCCCCUGCGGGAUUUACGACACCCUCGUAAGACGGAACAGUUGGCAGAAGAACGAAGCCCUCACGUUUGCCAGCUUUCUCCUGCCCAUGCUGGAAUAUGUCACUGAAAAAAGGGCCACAGCUGAAACGUGUCUUCAACACCCGUGGCUCCAGUGCUGAGAGAGACUGUAAUUCUCUGCACACCCUAGAUUAUUUUUAUAUCAAUCACCCCUUUCCUUGGAUCCCUAGAAUGUCUUUCGCAUUAAAAUGCACCAAAUGUUAUCCUAGUCUAGGAGUGGCAGGAUGGAGCCCUCCCAGCAUGCUUAGCAGCCUCAAUAUCGGUAAUAAGGUGACAUGCAGAAAGGACAUUAGAAUUGUAGAAGACAAGCCUAUAAAUGGGUUUCCCCUUCAAAUUCAAUCAACCUUGCAGUAGAGUCCUGCGUGGAACCGAUUUCUAAGACCAGUGUCGGACUGGCCCGGCCAGACCCCCUGUUCAGGCCCGGAUUUGUGGAAAGGCCACCUAGGGCCGGGCCUAGGGCGGCAGGAUUUUAGGGGGCGGCAUGUUGCCCAACCACACCCACAUUGGUUCAAAAACACUGGGGAUGCGCUGGAGAUACAAUCAUUUUUUAAAUUUCCCAUGCGCCAAUCCCCAUUGCUCCAGUCCAGAUGAUGAAAAUUUGCACGGAUAAAGGGGAGGGGACAGGGGCGACGAAUGGCAGUGGGCCUAGGGGUGCCCACUAUGUAAAUCCGGCCCUGCCCCUGUUCCGAUAUUUGGGAUUGUACAAAAAUUUCAGCUCUGCGCAGCGCCUUCUGUUCAAGAAGGUGCAUAACAGUAGGGGUCGAGGGGGGGCCUGGAGAGCAGCCCCAGUGGGCCCCGGGUCCCCCAGUCCAACCCUGUCUAAGACCCGGACCUGAACCCGCAACCCACAGCCCGCGACCCGAACUACAACCCGCAUAUUUACCCACUUAGAUCCACUACCUGACCCGGUCCCACAACUGCCUUAUCCACAACCCGACCCGCAACCCGCCGACCACCAUCAAACAGGAAGUGAUGUUGCUGCAAAG